UGGGUGACUGAGUAGUGAAUAUAUUCUGUGCAUGUGGUGUGCUUUGCAGUGUAGUUACACUUGCUCGAAUUUGUGGAUGUUGGUGUUUACAAAUCUUUAAUGCAAUGCCACCUAAAGCCAAACCCGCCCAACCUAGUAAAAAGACGGUCGAAAAGAAGAAGGAGAAAGUUAUAGAAGAUAAAACAUUUGGUCUAAAAAAUAAAAAAGGUGCAAAACAGCAAAAGUUUAUCCAACAAGUGCAGCAUCAAGUUAAAAAUGCUGGUGCUGCAAAGAAGAAUGAUGAACUCAAGAAACAAGAAAAAGAAAAGAAACUGAAGGAACAGAAAGAAAUGAAUAUGUUAUUUAAACCAGUUUCAACACAGAAAGUUGAGAAAGGUAUAGAUCCCAAGUCUGUGUUGUGUGCAUUUUUUAAGCAAGGCCAGUGUACAAAGGGAGAUAAAUGUAAAUUUUCCCACGAUUUAUCAUUAGAACGUAAAGCAGAGAAGCGUAGUAUGUAUGUAGACAUGCGUGAUGAUGAAGAUACAAUGGAGAAUUGGGAUGAAGAAAAACUGAAAGAGGUUGUUGAAAAAAAGCACGGUGAACAAGAAAGGAAAAUGCCUCCAACUGAUAUUAUAUGUAAGUACUUCAUAGAUGCCCUGGAGAAGAGCAAAUACGGAUGGUUUUGGCAGUGUCCAAAUGGCACAGGCUGCAUUUAUAGGCAUGCACUGCCACCAGGUUUCGUAUUGAAGAAAGAUAAAAAGAAAGAAGACAAAAAAGAUGAGAUUUCAUUAGAAGAUCUGAUAGAGCGAGAGAGAGCAGCGCUUGGUGCACCUUUAACGAAAAUAACUUUACAAACUUUUACCACUUGGAAGAAACGUAAACUGAAGGAAAAGAAGGAAGCUGCAUUGAAAGAGGAAGAGAAGAAAAGAAUAGACUUCAAAGCUGGACGCCAGAUUGGUAUGUCGGGAAGAGAGAUGUUUUAUUUCAACCCUGAGCUCGCAGCGGCUGAUCAAUGUGAAGAAGGUGAUGAAGCAUUUGACAGUUAUAAUUUGCAAGAAGAGGAUGAACAGAGAAAUAUUGAGUACCGCGAAAUACGGCUUGAUUUCCUGGGACUGGAAGCACAAGAGGUUGACGGAACUGGAACGCAAGCCAAGGAAGAUAGGCUGAAGCAGGCUGCUGCAGAGCACAUAUCUACAAAUGGUUAUAUAAAUGAAGGUGACAAUGAGGCUUCAGCAGUUCCUAUUAAUGAAAGUCUUUUCCUUGAUGAUGAUGAAGACCUGGAGGCUCUUGAGGCUGAACUGAAUGCAUUGGAAAUGGAACACUGACCUUGGAAUGGUGUCAACUCAUUCAUUGCCCUGAAAUCGUAGCAUAUGUAUAUUUGUUUAUAUACCUUAUAUUUCUGCUGAGUUGACACUGUAACAGAUCACUCCGAUUCUACUGCAGCAUUAAAGAAAUGUUGUGAAAGGUGGCAGUAACAGUUUGUAGUUUUUAUUUAUCCAAUGUUCUUAGAUGAUUACAAACAUGUUCAGACCUGCCAUUCAUCAGUUUUGUUGUGUUGUGUGAUACAGCUAUCUAAUGCAAACUAUGACUGAAUGUAAAUGUUUGACAUCCUCUUGAACACUUUCCGUGCUUAACAAAUUGAAAUAAAUAACGUAGUAGCAAUUACAUUUUAUGUUCACCCUCUAGUUCUGUUCAGUUCUGUGAAAAGAAUCUAGUGUCUAAAAUUAAGAGAUACACUUCUUAUUUUGGCUUGUAUUUUUUUAAUACAGUUUGAUUUUAAACAGAAGUAGUAAAAUAAUUUCAAUACAGAAGUUUAUUAAAUAUUUAUGUUAUUUUUAUAUCAAUGCUGUUUUAGUUUUGUGAGUUAAAAGUGCAGCUUAAUUAUUCUUGAUACUCAAAAGUGUACUAGUACUGGAAACAAAUUGUUUGUCAGUUAAUUAUGUAUGAGAUGUGAUUUAAAAAAAUGGGAGUUCUUGUUUUUCUUAAAGAAUAGUUAUUCUACAACAACUUUAUCCCCUUCAAAGUAAUUAUCCUCAGAUAUCACACACUUGUGCCAGUGCUGUGUCCAAUCUUGGAAGCACUUCUGAAACUCACUUUUCAUUAUGGUGUUCAUCUCAUUCAGCAGUUCUGUUUUUAUCUCAUCAUUUGUGGCAAAACAUGUCUUUUCAUGAUUCUCUUCAGACUCUGGAAUAAAAAGAAGUCACAUGGUACAAUAUCUGGCAAAUAUGGUGGUUCAGGAAACAUAACAGUUUUGUUUUUUGCCAAAAAAAAUCAUGAACAAGCAUUAAGGUGUGACUUGGGAGUUGGAGCAUUCUCGCGAUACUGUUUCCAUGAGUGGUUCCACACAUUUCUGGUCGUUUUCUUUGGAUUGCUUCACCCAAACAACACUUAAUUUCCAGGAAGUAUUCCUUAUUGACCAUAUGACCAUACAACAACAAAUUGUGAUGUACUAUCCCAUUGUAAUUGAAGAAAACAGCAAGAACAACCUUCACCUGUGAUGGAACUUGCCAAUUUUUUUUCAGUCUUGGCUCAUCAGGUAGUUUUCAUGGGGACAAUUUGGCCUUGGUUUUGACAUCGUACCCCUAUACCCAUGUUUCAUCACCUAUUGUAACCUUCUUUAGAAGUUCUGGAUCAUUGUUGACUUCAUUCAGCAAUUCCUGAGCGAUGUCUAUGCAAUGUCAGUUUUGCUCAAAAUUCAACAAUUUUGGAACAAACUUUGCUGCUACAUGUUUCAUUCCCAAGAUAACUGAAAAAAUUGCUGGUCAUGAGCCAAAGGAUAUUUCGACAUAAUCAUAAUCAGUAACCCCUCGGAUGGUGAUUUGGCAGUUUUGCAAAUCACUUUCUUUACUUCUUCCACAUUGUUGUCCAUAAGUGAUUUGCUGGGAGGUCGACUGUUAUGUUCAACAUCUUCUCGACCUCUUUGAAACGUUUAUACCUCACAUAAACCUUUUCAACUGUCAUCAAUAAACUAAAUGUUCAAAGCAGCUGAAAAUGCAAAUGGACAUCAGGAACAUGUGUACCAACAAGAUAAAGAGAUUUGCAAAUCAGGUGUAGAAAGCAUGUGAAAUUAAAGAAUUUCUGUUACUUUUUGAUCACAUCUCGUUUCUUUACAGUGUUUUCCAUUUUGUUCCUUAAUCUGUUCUGAACUUAUUGUUUUAUUUAUAUUAUUAAGGAAAUACUGAUGGCCAUAACCAGCAAUUGUAACAUUCAGAUGUAAAAAAAAAAGUAAACCAGUCAUCAAUCUGAAAA